AUGCUUUGGACCCCUCACCAUCUCCUCGUUGCACCUGCGCUAUUCCUUCUUGCAGCGCAGCUUGCCCCGCAGCUGGCACUCGCCGAUCACCAUGUUUGUAGCUGGAAAGAAGGUCUCAACUCUCCAUUCGAGUAUGGCUAUGACCGCUCCUGCAUGGCGUAUGUGGCCAAGACUGCUUCGGGAUACGCAGAUUACCGCUGUGCCAAGGAGUGGCCUACGACCUACGGUAUAUUGGUGGCAGACUUCAACGUACUCAGCCCAGGUCGCCUCGAGUUUGCUGCUGCUUGCGGUGAGAAUGGUUACGCGCUGACGAAAUGGGUGUCUCCGAGCUGCACAUGGAUACAUAGCAUGGCUAUGUGCCUGGGCCGUGGGGAUCCUCAUCGGCCUGUCAAAGAGAUCAACUGUUUCUACAUGGCUCGCGCAGACGAUUGCGAAUGGCCCGCCAUGUUCACGAACGACAGUAUCCCCGACAUGGUCGAUAUCUGGUAUCUACCCUAUCCGGAGAAGCGCGAGCUCCGACUCGGCGCCGAUGAUUAG